UUAAACAAAAACAAAAUUGACAUCCCUAGUUCAAUCAGCCGCAGCAAAACAAAACGCGCGCGUCGUGAUUUUCUGAUGGUGAAAGCCGCCGUGUAAAAAUUGUGAAUGUUGAAUCCUCAGUAUUUUCGGUGUUUUCGUAGGAUAAUUUGUAUAAUGGAGACAAAAUCGCCAUAUUUCUCUCCGAAGAAGACCCGCAACUUCGCUAAACAACAGCAUGCUGGUCUCAAAGCUAUCGUGCUGCAAAAAUCCGUAACUGCCGAAGGCGGUACCAGUGGGAUUAAUGCCCCCGUUAAAGCCUCCAUUGCUGUGCCAGAGAUUAAACUUGAACAAUUGGCUCCGGAAGCUCCAGAUCGCAAACGUCGCCAAAAAAAGAAACCAAUAAAAAUUGAAACCAGUCCGGAUCGAUCAGAAUCUUGCGCUAACGGUUUUCCCGGAGAACGGACACCAACCAAAAAGGACCAGGCUCCAUUUGAUGACAGUGGAAUAAAAACUGAAGCACCUGCGUUGGAAAGCGAUGGCACAGCUAAGCAAUCGAAAUGGGAACCGGAAAAUUGGCGCCUAGCGUUGGACAACAUUCGCCAAAUGCGCCAGAUGAUGCCGGCUCCGGUGGAUACCAUGGGCUGCGAUCAGUUCAAAGACGAUUACAGCGUUCCGGCCAAAAUUCGACGGUUCCACACCUUGGUCUCCCUGAUGCUGUCCAGCCAAACGAAAGAUCAGGUCAACUUUGAGUGCAUGCAGCGACUGCGAAAACAUGGGCUUACUCCAGAGAAUGUGAUCGCAACGGAUGUGGCUGUUUUGGAGAAGCUAAUCUAUCCCGUGAGCUUUUAUAAGAAUAAAGCCAAGUUCAUCAAUCAAACGUCGCAGAUCCUGGUGGAUUCCUUCGAUGGUGACAUCCCGGAUACCAUCGAGGGUCUGCUAAAGCUGCCGGGCGUGGGCAAAAAGAUGGCUCACCUGUGCAUGCGAUCGGCGUGGAAUGUUGUGACCGGCAUCGGAGUGGAUACUCACGUUCAUCGUAUCUGCAACUGGCUCCGUUGGGUUCCGAAGGAAACCAAAAGCCCCGAAGACACACGGCUAGCGCUGGAGAAGUGGUUACCGUUUGAACUGUGGCAGGAGGUGAACCAGCUGUUGGUUGGGUUCGGUCAAACGGUAUGUCCAGCCACCAAUCCGUACUGCAACGAGUGCCUGAAUGCGGCCAUUUGCCCCGCGAAGGGGAAGCAUGGCAUACGGAAGACACCCAUCAAGAGGGAGAUCAAGACAGAGGCGUUGGAGUUUUGAGCUGUGGCGGUAAGUUUUUCUUUUUUUUGGGAGCUUAUAUUUGUUGUUAUUUUUACGAUGCAUUUAUCACCCAUGAGUACAAAUUCAGUUGUUUUAUGUAUAGUUUUUUUUUCGGAAA